UUGUCGUUGUACAAGAAGACGGAGGUUGUUCGUUUGGUAUUCAACGCCAAAGGAUCUACCAAGACCAACUGGUUUUCUCGUGAUCGUCUUCUAACAAGUCCCUGGACAGACAUACAUUCCCAGCCUGUCAACUACUUCUCCAUCAAUGGUCAUACUUGGAAUUUUGCGAGGCGAUCCUUUUUCAUAAACAGCGAAUAUUCUGGGUGCCCAACGGACUCAGGAUGGAUGGUUCUUGUGGAGCUGAUCCCAGGAGCCUGCACCUGGGAAAACCAUCUUCAGCACUUCUCGGUAUUAUAUUCUACAACCAACAGCCGCGUACAGUGGUCAAACAAAGAUGCAACGUCCGUGGCUGACAUCAUGGCUAUAUACACACGAUGAUCACGUGAUAUGAUGAAUAUGUACAUACGAUGAUCACGUGAUAUGACUACGUACAUACGAUGAUCAC